GGCGCACGUCAGCGGCGGCGCGCGCCUGGCUGGGCCCUGCGGAGCGGGAGGGUAGGAGCGGAGGAGCGAGCGGAGCGGUCGUCGCCCGAGCUGAGCCGCGCCGCGCUGCCCGCCCGUCCGCGCUCUGUCCGCCGAGUCUAGCAGCGGGGCCCAGCAUGGUCAUGGCGGAUGGCCCGAGGCACUUGCAGCGCGGGCCGGUCCGGGUGGGGUUCUACGACAUCGAGGGCACGCUGGGCAAGGGCAACUUCGCCGUGGUGAAGCUGGGGCGGCACCGGAUCACCAAGACGGAGGUGGCGAUAAAAAUAAUAGAUAAAUCUCAGCUGGAUGCAGUGAACCUUGAGAAAAUCUACCGAGAAGUGCAAAUAAUGAAAAUGUUAGACCACCCCCACAUAAUCAGACUGUAUCAGGUAAUGGAGACCAAAAGCAUGUUGUACCUUGUGACAGAAUAUGCCAAAAAUGGAGAAAUUUUUGACUAUCUUGCAAAUCAUGGCCGGCUAAAUGAGUCUGAAGCCAGGCGAAAAUUCUGGCAAAUUCUGUCUGCUGUGGAUUACUGUCAUGGUCGGAAGAUUGUGCACCGUGACCUCAAGGCUGAAAAUCUCCUGCUGGAUAACAACAUGAAUAUCAAAAUCGCAGAUUUCGGUUUUGGAAAUUUCUUUAAAAGUGGUGAACUACUGGCAACGUGGUGUGGCAGCCCCCCUUACGCAGCCCCGGAGGUCUUUGAAGGGCAGCAGUAUGAAGGACCACAGCUGGACAUUUGGAGCAUGGGAGUCGUUCUUUACGUCCUUGUCUGUGGAGCUCUGCCUUUUGAUGGACCAACUCUUCCAAUUUUGAGGCAGAGGGUUUUGGAAGGAAGAUUCCGGAUUCCGUAUUUCAUGUCAGAAGAUUGUGAGCACCUCAUUCGAAGGAUGUUGGUCCUAGACCCCUGCAAACGGCUAACCAUCGCUCAGAUCAAGGAGCACAAGUGGAUGCUCAUAGAAGUUCCUGUACAGAGGCCUGUUCUCUAUCCACAAGAGCAAGAAAAUGAGCCGUCCAUCGGGGAGUUCAACGAACAGGUUCUGCGCUUGAUGCACAGCCUUGGAAUAGACCAGCAGAAAACCAUCGAGUCUUUGCAGAACAAGAGCUACAACCACUUUGCUGCCAUUUAUUUCUUGUUGGUGGAGCGCCUGAAAUCACAUAGGAGCAGUUUUCCAGUGGAGCAGAGACUUGAUGGCCGCCAGCGUCGGCCUAGCACCAUUGCUGAACAAACAGUUGCCAAGGCACAGACUGUGGGACUCCCGGUGGCCGUGCACUCCCCCAACGUGAGGCUGCUGCGCUCGGCCCUGCUCCCACAGGCGGCCACCAUGGAGGCCUUUUCCUUCCCGGCGUCAGGCUGUCAGGCGGAAGCAGCAUUUAUGGAAGAAGAGUGUGUGGACACCCCAAAGGUCAACGGCUGCCUGCUGGACCCUGUGCCUCCCGCCCUCCUGAGGAAGGGCUGCCAGUCACUGCCCAGCGACAUGAUGGAGACCUCCAUUGAUGAAGGGCUGGAGACAGAAGGCGAGGCCGAGGAAGACCCCAGCCACUCCUUUGAGGCCUUUCAGUCCACGCGCAGUGGGCAGAGGCGGCACACUCUGUCCGAGGUGACCAAUCAGGUGGUCGUGGUGCCUGCGGCAGGGAAAAUUUUCUCCAUGAGUGACACCCCAUCCCUUGACAGUGUGGACUCUGAGUAUGAUAUGGGGUCUGUUCAGAGGGACCUGAACUUUCUAGAGGAAAACACCUCCCUGAAGGACGUGAUGUUAGCCAAUCAACCCUCACCCCGUAUGACAUCUCCCUUCGUAAGCUUGAGACCCACCAACCCAGCCAUGCAGGCGCUGAGCUCCCAGAAACGAGAGGCCCACAACAGGUCGCCAGUAAGCUUCAGGGAGGGCCGCCGGGCAUCGGACACCUCCCUCACCCAAGGAAUUGUAGCGUUUAGACAACAUCUUCAGAAUCUGGCCAGAACCAAAGGAAUCCUAGAGUUGAACAAAGUGCAGAUGUUAUAUGAACAAAUAGGAUCAGAGGCAGACCCGUCGGCUGCCUCUCAGCUCCAGGACCUGGCCAGCAGUUGCCCUCAGGAGGAAGCGUCUCAGCAGCAGGACAGCGUCUCCACCCUCCCCACCAGUGUGCACCCUCAGCUCUCCCCGCGGCAGAGCCUGGAGUCGCAGUUCCUACAGCACAGACUCCAGAAGCCCAGCCUUCUGUCAAAGGCCCAGAAUACCUGUCAGCUUUAUUGCAAAGAACCACCUCGGAGCCUCGAACAGCAGCUGCAGGAGCACAGGCUCCAACAGAAGCGCCUCUUCCUCCAGAAGCAGUCUCAGCUGCAGGCGUAUUUUAAUCAGAUGCAGAUAGCAGAGAGUUCCUACCCACAGCCGAGUCAGCAGCUGCCCCUUCCUCACCAGGAGAGUCCUCCACCAUCACAGCAGGCCCCACCAUUCAGCCUGAGCCAGCCCCUGAGCCCCGUGCUGGAGCCCUCAUCUGAGCAGAUGCAAUACAGCCCUUUCCUCGGCCAGUACCAGGAGAUGCGGCUGCAGUCCCUGCCCUCCACGCCCGGUCCUCAGGCUCCUCCGCUGCCCGCACAGCUACAGCAGCAGCCACCACCACCACCUCCGCCACCUCCACCACAACAGCCAGGAGCCGCCCCAGCCCCCUUACAGUUCUCCUAUCAGACUUGUGAGCUACCCAGUGCUGCUUCCCCGCCGCCAGACUAUCCUGCUCCCUGUCAGUAUCCUGUGGAGGGGGCCCAGCAGAGCGGCCUGACAGGGCCAGACUCGCCCCGGAGCUCAGGACUGCAGGAGGCCUCCUCCAGCUACGACCCACUGGCCCUCUCUGAGUUACCUGGACUCUUUGAUUGUGAAAUGCUGGACGCUGUGGAUCCACAACACAAUGGGUAUGUCCUGGUGAAUUAACUCAGCACAGGAAGUGAGGUGGGUCAAGUGAAGGAAGACUGUGUAUUUCUAUUUUUACUCCAGCCUUUUCAAUUUAAAGCUCAUUUUCUUGCCCUCUCCCUCGUGGGGAGAAACCAGGUCACCCCGCUGUAAGCAGAGGGCCUGCUGAGGGGGGUGUUGCUUCCUCUUGUCUCUGUCCCACCACAGAGUUUUCUGUGGCAAGUGCUGGAACAUAGUUGUAGGCUAACGCUCAUGCCCUUAGGGUGAGGGGAGCAAGCUCUCGAGGGAGGCACCAACAGCUAUUUCUGUAAGGAGACGCUCAGACCUAGGUUGUAUGCAGAGUGUACCAGUUCAUUAUCACAGGAAACCCUGCUGAAAGCAGGAACGUGUGUGCUAUCGCAUAAUAGAUAGGGGCAAAAAAAGGCAAUAUAUUUUUCACUGAAGCUGAACAACAUAUUGCUUCAAGGCAAAGCAAGAAUACAUAAUGAAAUUUGAAGGACAGGAAAUAAAGGAAAGUUGUAGCUGCUGAUGCAGGCUGUCCCCAAGGCUGUCACAAAGCGGUGGAGUGUGAGCUAUUUCAGGGGCUACUACGUAACACCUGGCACUGACCCCUGAGACCAGCUGUCUUCUCCCUCAGGGAGCGGGUGACACACAUCUACAGAAGGUGCCCCUGGGUUGCCGAGAGUCAGAAUAUACUCAGGGCUCCAAAGAUGUCACCUGCAGAACUGACAGGAAACGCCCCUGUCAGUGGAGGCGGGGGCAAGAAACUCGGGAAGGCACCAAGGGCACCAGCCCGGGCCAGGGAGGGCAGGCUCUGUCUGCACAGUCCCUUGCAGAGACUUCUGGUGUGGGGGCAGUUGGUCUCCAGAGGACCUGUUGCCUCUGACAGUGUAGUAACUACUUUGACUUUACACUAGAUAUUGCUAGUAGCAUAUUGAGCUUUGUAUAUAAGACACGAGAAAUGAACUCUGAUGUCCCAUGUGAGGUGGUAGUGCUGUGCCUUUCCCCCAGAUCACGCUUUAAUUCUUUCUUUUCUGUAGAAACCCACAGUUUCCCAUUUAUGUCAAUGCUAAAUCCAAAGUCACUUCAGAGUUUGUUUUCCACCAUGUGGGAAUCAGCAUUCUUAAUUUCCUUACGUUUUGACUUGUAAUGAAAUGUUCAAGUAUAACAGCAAUAUUCAGAGAACCACAGACGCGUUAACCAUGUAAGCAGAUUGUCUGCCAAACACAUUAUAUUCCUAGUAAAACUCAGCUAACCCUGACAAUUCAUUCAUCGAAGUAAGUCAGAAAUAGACACUACAGCUAGUCUAGAAGUGAUGAGUAACUGUCAUUUGGACAGUAACAUCCAGGUGUUACAAAUUCAGUAUUAUUUAUAAAGGUUAUAAUUUCUGUCCUCUAGAAUGGUUUGUCCUAUCAGCAGAUGAAUGAGUUAAGCACAAAGCAUCUUCCUUAAAGCACAAAGAAGAGAGAAACUCCACUGACGCUGCAUCUAGAAAACACCUUUAAGUUGCCUUUCCUCUUUGUCGUAAGUGUCCAGACAGGUGAGGGGAAGCGUGAAAAAUCUAGGGAUUUCCCUUCUGGCCACCCCCGCCCCCGCCAGCACUGGUAACUUGCAGUCUUGUUGCUGUCCAGAGACUGCCUGGUCACUGGGGCUCCACGUGGGGCCAGGAUGCUUCGCAGAGGCGCUGUGCUCGGGGUUGAACUCUGGGUGUCAGCAGGAAAAAGGGUAGUGCAGGGACUGUCGUGUCUGUGAUUUAAUAACAUGCAGUGAGAAUCCAGGAAGAAUGAAUUAAGUUCCUUCUAUGGGUUGCUUUUUCCUCCUCGUGCUUAAGAUUGAUGGUUUCAUGAAAUAGAGAACAUCAUUUCAUUUAAGAGAUUGUUUCACUGAGAUCUCUAAUCUGUUUUAAGUCUUUGCAAAAUAAGCUAGUUGUAAAAACAAGACUUGAUUUGUUUAGAUGGAAGGAGGAUGUUUUCCCAAAAUAUACUACAGAAGUGCUGUAAUAUUUAUGAAAUUAAAAUGCCUUCCAGAUUGAAAAUGGGGGCCAUUCAUUUCAGAACGGCAGGAAUGGUACAGUUACAGAUUGGCGUAAACUCCUCCCCCCCAACGAGGCUGUGAGCUGCUUAGCCCAAGAGACCUAGGCGCUAUGGCAGGACAGUUAGGCCGACAUGUGAGGGACUGCAGAGAGGCUGCCGGCUGGAAGGUUAAGGCCCCCAGACAGAAACUGGGACGCGCCCACCCAGCAGCAGCCGGGCUGAACCAAACUGACAGACGUGGCAGCCGCUGGACACUCCCUGGUGAAGAGCUCGACCCUCCUGCUGGAACCCGCGUUGCAAGCUCCUGUUUGCUUAUCUCAUUUAUUUCAAGCAGAAAUCAAUAAAUUCCAUAACCAUCUGUAUUUACUUAAAUGUAAGCUGGUGAGCGGAGACUGGCUCUGUUGGCCGGCUGGGUGGCUGCUCAGCCGUGUCUGAUCAUCUGUGCUGUCCUGGUCCCUAAAUAGUGACCGCGGAAGCCUCCAUUUGCUCCAUAAAUGCUAGCAUAACACUACAAAGGCUUGCACCGCUUUCUGUGAGAGGCUCCUUUGAAUUCCUGACUCCCUUUCCGGUCUGGUCCGCAUCGGCGUGUGUACACUACUGUAUGGUGAUUGUUAGCGUUAUUAUCUGGUAAACCAAGCUCGUCUGAAGAGACUUUGGUGAGAUGAAUCUGAGGUAAAAAUUUCAUUUGGCAAAAAAGUG